GGGGGCCGGCAGGGAAGCGAGCACCCGGGCACCGAGAGUGGGUGAGGUUCCCAUGGGCAUCGAGGGCCUGCCGGUCUGAGAGCCUCCCCGCCACAAGGCCAUCACCAAGGGGCCACCUGUGCCCACGCCGCCAAUGCAGAGCAUGCAGGCAACUCUAGGCACACCGACCUCGUCGGCCCUCAGCCGGUUCUCCACCUCCACCCAGGACAAGUCCUCCACUGCAGGUCAGACCUCCAGCACAGGCCCACAGCCCUCAAGGCCCUCCAUCAUCCCACCCCCUAGCAAGUCCAAGGGCUGGGGUACUGGGGCCAGUGGAGGUCGCAUGCGAAGGAUCAUCGCUGAGGAUCCUGAGUGGUCGCUGGCCAUCGUGCCCCUCCUCACAGAGCUCUGCAUUCAGCACAUUGUCGAGAACUUCCAGAACAACCCUAUCCUGAAGCAGCUGCUUCCGGAGCACAAGCAGAAGGUCCUGGACCACCUGUCACCCGACCUGCCGCUGGCUGUGACCGCCAACCUGAUCGACGACGAGAGCUACUGGCGCCGCUGCUGCACGCAGCGCUGGCCCGUGUGCCACGUGGCCAAGCACGGCGGCAGCUGGAAGCGCAUGUUCUUCGAGCGGCACCUGGAGAACCUGCUAAGGCACUUCAUCCCCAGCACCACGGACCCCGCGCUGAUCCUCGAGCUGCUGCCGCUCUGCAGGAACUAUGUGCGCAGGCUCCGUGUGGAUCAGUUCCUUCCGCCCAUGAAGCUCCCGCCCCGACCCCGGAGCGGGGAACUGUCCGAGUCCGGCAGCGAGGCAGAGGUGGAGGAGCCCGCCACUGACCACUACCAACUGGGAGACCUGGUGGCCGGCCUGAGCCAUCUGGAGGAGCUGGACCUGGUGUACGGGGUCAAGGACUGCGGCAUGAACUUCGAGUGGAACCUCUUCCUCUUCACCUAUCGCGACUGCCACUCCCUGGCGGCCACCAUCAAGGCAUGCCACACCCUCAAGAUCUUCAGGCUGACCCGGAGCAAGGUGGAUGACGACAAGGCACGCGUCCUCAUUCGCAGCCUCCUGGAUCACCCGGCCCUCGAGGAGCUGGACCUGUCACACAACCUCGUUGGGGACCGGGGCGCGCGUGCUGCGGCCAAGCUGCUGAGCCACAGCCGUUUGCGAGUGCUCAACCUGGCCAACAACCAGGUGCGCGCGCUUGGUGCCCAGUCGCUGGCUCACGCCCUAGCACACAACACCAACCUCAUUUCCCUCAACCUGCGCCUCAACUGCAUCGAGGAUGAGGGCGGCCAGGCGCUCGCGCAUGCCUUGCAGACCAACAGGUGCCUCACAACACUGCACCUCGGGGGCAAUGAGCUGUCUGAGCCCACCGCCACCCUCCUCUCCCAGGUGCUCGCCGUCAACACCACGCUCACCAGCAUCAACCUGUCCUGCAACCACAUCGGGCUGGAUGGCGGGAAGCAGCUCCUGGAAGGCAUGUCAGACAACAGGACCCUCCUGGAGUUUGACUUGCGCCUGUCAGAUGUAGCCCAGGAGAGCGAGUACCUCAUUGGCCAGGCUCUCUGUGCCAACCGGGAAGCAGCCCGCCAGCGGGCCCCGAAUCCCAGCUGCUUCCUGUCACCAAUCACGGCCAAGGGCCCUGAGAACCCUGCAGGAUAAGAUGGGGGACAGGGCUGGGGCAGUGGCUGGAGCUGGGUCACUGCCCCAGUCCCAUCCUUCAUUUCAUGCCUCUGUCGUGCCUGCUGUAGAAUGCCACACUGGUCUAGAGGGAGAAGAAAGGGGGAGAGCACGGAUAUCCUUAGGGCCCAGCCCACCCCACAAGCCCUUGUCCCCGCGCACGUAUGGAGCCUUCCGGGUGCCCUCCAC